UCAAAAAGAAAGAAAAAAGAAACACCAAACCCAAUAUCUCACAUGCUCAAACACCUUCAACUAUUAAAAGAAAAAAAAAACACCAUUAAAAACCAUGUCGGAAACACCCACCAGCACCACCGCCACCGCCAUGGAAACACCACCGAAUGAGUUCAUAUACCUCGAAGAAGAAGACGAAGACAAUAUACUUUUAUCACAAUCUGAACUAUUAUCACAUGAAGAAGUUAUAAAAAGAAGAGCAAAAAGAUUAAAACAAUUAGCAAAAGUUUAUAAACAUAGUUAUUGGUGUAUGAUGGAAGAUUUAAGAUUGAAGUAUAGAAAGUAUUAUUGGGAGUUUGGAAAAAGCCCUUAUGAUGAAACUGAUAAAAAUUGUACUAAAAAUAAUAAUAAUAAUAAUAAUCAAAAUAAUAAUAAUAAUAAUGGUGAGGGUGAGUUAGGGUUUGGGGGUGAUUCGGGGCGGUGUGCGGUCCACGGGUGUAAAUCGAAGGCCAUGGCAUUGACAAAGUUUUGCCAUGGUCAUAUUUUGUCUGAUUCUAAGCAAAAACUAUAUAUGGGUUGUAAUUAUGUUAUCAAAAGCUCACAAGCAGGACCCAUACUUUGUGGAAAACCGAUUCUAAAAUGCACAGUUCCAACUCUCUGUGCACCUCAUUUCCAAAAGGCGGAAAAACAUGUUGCAAGAGCAUUAAAGAAAGCAGGUCUAAUUGGAUCCUCUACAAAUAAGCUUGCUCCAAAAUUCCAUGUCCUAAUUGCAGAAUACGUUCGCCAAAUUCAAAGUAAUAGAAGAGCUAUUGACAAGGAAAUCAGAGAGAAUUCUGAAAUUAAAGAGGAAGAAAUCAGCAUCUAGGAUUAUCUUUAUGUUGAAUAUUAGUCUAUUUUUCCCUUCGUGUUCAACUUCAAUUCUUUUUCUCUGUUGUAUGUUUAUCCUUUCCGCCCAACCAAGUUAUGGCUGACAGAUAUUGGCUGAUUUUAUGGAGCCCUGAUUUGCAUCUUUGCCUUGCUAGACCAAAAUUUGUGCAUUAAAGGUAUCUAAUUCUUGUCUCA